CGAAUGAGCCUAAUUUGAUCGAAAUCGGAGGUAGUGGGUGAAUUCUGUAUAAUUACCAAAAUUUAAUUAUCAAGAUGAGUGACAAACAGAAAGUACUCAUUUGUGGAGAUGUGGAAGGACACUUCAACUUUUUGUUUUCCAAAGUAAACGCUAUCAAUAAAAAAAGUGGUCCAUUCGAUUUUUUAUUAUGCGUCGGCAAUUUCUUCGGCGCGGACAAUUCCGAAUUGAAUUCGUACAAAUCCUGCGAGAAGAUUAUCUUGGUACCGACGUACAUUAUCGGUCCUAACCGGGAAUCGAAUAUGAGGGACUAUCCCGAAGACGGAUAUGAAAUAUGUCAGAAUCUCACUUAUCUUGGAAAGCGUGGUCUGUACAUCGCCAGUUCAGGCCUCAAAAUAGCAUAUCUCAGUGGAACCGAGAAAAUCCCGUCUGAAAACAAGAUCAUUCAUUUCGAUGAACACGACAUUGUGUCUGUCAGGAAUAGUUGCUUGAAGGGUCAACCGAGUUUUCGUGGUGUUGACAUCUUGUUGACAUCUCCAUGGCCAGAAGGUGUAACCAAUCUCGACACUAACAAACCAGAAUGCAAGUACAUAGGUUCCAAAUUAAUCGCCUGGCUUGCUACUCAUAUUAAACCUAGGUAUCACGUGUCAGCCUUAGAACAGAUUUAUUACGAAAGGCCACCAUAUCGGAAUCAAAGUCAGGGUGAUGGAAAUAUGGAAAUAGCUACGAGGUUCAUAGCUCUUGCACCGGUACUGAAUAACGAGAAGAAAAAAUGGUUGUAUGCAUUGAAUUUAACUCCUGUUGAUAGAACCAGACUAUCAGAUCUAAUUAUGAAAACAACAGACGAGACACUGAGUCCUUAUCCCAAAUCUAUGCUGUCUGACCAUCCUAUUUUGCAAAAACAGGUCCAAUUUUUCUAUGACAUGGACUCGAAAGAUAAUUCGAAGAGAUCACAACAUCAGAACAGUGGUCUCAAUAAGAGAGCAAAGCUAGAAAUUGACCAAUCAAAGUGUUGGUUUUGUUUAUCCAGUCCAGUAGUAUCCAAACAUCUGGUAAUUUCUAUUGGCACAGAGAUAUAUUUGGCAUUGGCAAAAGGUGGUUUAGUGGAGGAUCAUCUGUUAAUUCUACCAAUAGCGCAUCAUCAGAGUCUGUCCAUUCUACCAAAAAAUGUAAAAGAGGAGAUGGAUCUCUAUAAGAAAGCUGUGAGCAAGUACUAUGAGAGUACUGACAGAGUUCCUGUUUUCUUUGAGAGAAACUUUAAAACUUCUCACUGUCAAUUGCAAGCGGUACCUGUUCAUAAAAAUCAAGCACCCGCAUUAAAGGAAAUGUUCGAGGAACUGGCUGAAUGUAAUAACUUUAAAAUAUCCGAGUUACCACCGCAUACAGAUUUACAGCAGGUCGCUAAACCUGGUAUUCUGUACUUUUACGUAGAAUUACCGGAUAAAAAAGUCUUAUAUUAUAGAAUCAAGAAGGACUUCCCGUUACAAUUCGGCAGAGAAGUAUUAGCAUCUGACAGGAUAUUAGAUAUCAACGAUAGAUCCGACUGGAAAGAUUGUCAUAUGAGUCAAGAGGAAGAGACUGAACUAGCAAAAAAAAUUAGGAAACAAUUUACACCAUUUGACAUAGAUACUUGA